UCCAACAGUCAGAAUAUUUUGCGCCACAAUAUACCAACAAAAAAUAUUUAUGUUGAGACGUGGUGCUUAAAAGUCAAGCGUACGUUGCCAAACAUUUGAAAAACUGACCAGCUAUGGACCAUUUCUUCUUCUUCUUUCUCUUGCUUUCUUUAGAGUCAAGAAAGUAAAUGAGAAAGGUAACCCAUGCGUGAUAUACGACUAUAUUUAUAUAUAUAUAUAUGAAAGAAGCAUCCAAAACUUUAGUUUAUUAGUAGAAUUAAGGAAAAUGAAAGCUGUGGUGAGCAAACUGCAUUGUUCUUCGACGGAGGAGGUGAUGAUAGUGAGACGGCGGCCACACGUGGUUAACGGCGGUGGCUUCGUGGUCACAGAUUGUAGAGAGAAGAAUAUUUUCAAGAUUGAUGGUUGUGGAGUUCUUGGCACCAGAGGAGAGUUAGUUCUCAGAGAUGGUGAUGGUAAUGAUUUGCUUCUCAUCCAUAAAAAGGGAGGAAUGGUCCAGGCUCUAAGCAUUCAUAACAAAUGGAGAGGCUAUAGUUACGACUAUCAAGGAAGCCCUAAACCUAUUUUCACAUUGAGAGAUCCUAAGCAAUCUUGUUUCUCCAUAACCGGUUCCAUCCGCAUCUCCGUUCAACCAGGGAAUUGCUACUUUGAUGUGAGAGGGUAUUUUCCGGACAGGGAUUGCAGCAUCGUGGAUUCAACGGGAAAUAGCAUCGCUAAGGUAAAAGAAUGGAGUGGGAGCAAAGAUAUAUACUCGGUGGUGAUAAAAGCAAAUGUUGAUAAAGCUUUUGUUUUUGGAGUAAUCGCGGUUCUUGACUAUAUCUAUGGCGAAUCUACAAGCUGUUGAUCGGUUCAUCACUUUCUGAAAAUCAUCAGUCUGCAACUUACUAUAGACUUGCCUGACGGUUUGAAGGCUACAAUGUCGUUUUUAUAAAAUAAUUGCUCGGACGCUGUGAAUACUUUUACACAAUCAACUUAUGCUAGCAACAGUUGACUCUUGUUUUCUAA